UAUGGCGAAUAUACACACUGCAAAAGUUUAAUAACAUGAUAUAUCACACAAAUUUUAUAAAACAAUUUGUUAUAAUUAAAUCUUGAUAAUAAUCGUGUGUAUUUAAAAUAAUAUUUAUAAGAUGGAUGAUAAAAGUACAAUGUUAGCAGUACUUCAAGUACUGAGAAAGCACAAUUUAAAGAGUACAGAAGAGUUAUUUAAAAAAGAAGCAAAUUUGGUUGAUUUACAAAAUGAUGAAAGUCAACAAAGUGAUUCUGAGGUAACUAGUGUUUUAGCUGCAUACAAAAGUGAGGGUGAUCCAGCUCUGUAUGAAAAAACUUACAGUGAAUUAAAAAAAUUUGUCGAGGGUACUCUCGAUAUUUACAAGCAUGAAUUGGGAACGAUAUUGUAUCCAGUAUUGGUACACAUGUACUUGGAGUUAGUAUAUAAUAAUCAUUCAAAAGAAGCUCAACAAUUUAUUAAUAAAUUUGGUGGUACAUUAGAUGAAUAUUAUCAAACAAAUUUAAAAAGAUUAUCAACUGUAACAACACGUGAACAAAUGGCAGGAAAUGAAUUAACAGAUACCUUUAAAUCAAAUCAAUUUAUCAUAAGAAUAUCACGAGAUACAUUGUCAAUAUUAAAACGUCAUACACAUGAAAAAAAACACAGUGUUUUAUCAAAUAUAAUACAAGAACAUUUAUAUUUUGAUAUGUAUGAAGGUGUUGCUAGAAAUAAACAACAAAUUGAUGCAACAUCUGGUGCAACUGUUGGUGAAGCAACACGUCAAGAUAAUAAACCAAAAGUAUAUUAUGGUUUAUUAAAAGAACCAGAUAUACAAUGUACACCACCAGCUGAAGAAAAAGAACAAGAAGACGGUGAAAAACAAGAAGAUGGUGAAAAACCAAAGAAAAAAAAAAUUAAAAAAGAUAAUUUAUAUUCAAAAAAAACAAAAUCUGAUCCAAAUGCACCACCAAUUGGACGUAUGCCAUUACCAAAUUUGAAAGACGCUGAUAAAAAAGAAAAACAAAAAGCAUUUCGUGAACAAUUAAAACGUGUAUCACUUGGUCCAGAUAGUCUUCCAUCAAUAUGUUUUUAUACACUAUUAAAUUCAAUGCAAACAGUUACAACUGCUGAAAUAUCUGAAGAUUCAAGUUUAUUAUCAAUUGGUUUUAGUGAUUCAUCAAUUAAAGUAUGGUCAUUGGUACCACAAAAACUUAGAGCAAUGAAAAGUGCUAAAGAGCUAGAUGAAACAGUUAAUUCUGAUGCUGAUGAUGUAUUAGCUAGAAUGAUGGAUGAUAAAACAGCUGAAACAGUUAGAACAUUACAUGGACAUAGUGGACCAAUUUAUGGUUUAUCAUUUAGUCCAGAUAAAACAUUAUUAUUAUCAUGUUCUGAGGAUACAACAAUAAGACUUUGGUCAUUACAUACAUGGACAUGUGUUGUUUGUUACAAGGGUGAUUUAUAUCCAGUAUGGUCUGUUAAAUUUUCACCACAUGGUUAUUAUUUUGCAAGUGGUUCACAUGAUAAAACAGCAAGAUUAUGGGCAACUGAUACAAAUCAACCAUUGAGAAUAUUUGCUGGACAUUAUUCAGAUGUUGAUGUUGUACAAUUUCAUCCAAAUUCAAAUUAUAUUGUUAGUGGAUCAAGUGAUAUGACUAUUAGAUUAUGGGAUUGUGUUACUGGCAAUCAAGUUAGACUUAUGACUGGACAUAAAGCACCAAUAUUUGCACUUUCAUUUUCAAUUGAAGGAAGAUUUUUAGCAUCGGCUGGUGCUGAUAAUAGAGUUUUAAUAUGGGAUUUGGCACAUGGACAUUUAAUUGCUGCAUUAUUAAGUCAUACAAGUACAAUACAUUCUUUAACAUUUAGUCGUGAUGGUACAAUAUUAGCAUCAGCAUCAUUAGAUUGCACAAUUAAGUUGUGGGACUUUACAAAAUUAGCUGAUGAAAUGAGUCUUGAAGAUGUCAAUGUUUCACACAAUCCAGAUGUUAAACAAACACCAGAGUCUUAUUUACUACGUACAUUUCCAACUAAAAAUUCACCACUAUUGACGUUACAUUUUUCAAGAAGAAAUUUAUUAUUUGGUGUUGGAAUGUAUGAUUCAUCACAGUAAUCAUUUUAAAAAUUAGACUAUUCUUUUCUUUUUUUUCUUUUUUUUGCUUUUUGUAAAUAGGUAUAUUAAUUUAAAUUAACAAUUUUAUCUUGAAUUUUUUAAAUUUACUAUUGCAAAUGAAUAAUUAUGCAAUGUUAAUUAUAAAUUAUAUGAUAAUGAUAAUAAAAAUAUCAAUAAAAAUAUUGUAA